AUGGCCGCAGCACCUGGAGAUGAUGUUGCCUUUUCCACAACUGAGCGGCAGGAUGAUGAAGAAGAGCUGAAAUGGGCUGCAUUGGAGAGACUCCCUACAUACGAUAGAUUAAAAAAAGGAAUCUUGAAGCAAGUUCUUGGUAACGGACAAAUUGUUCACCAAGAAAUCGAUAUCACAACUCUUGGACCUCAAGAUAAGAAACUGCUUAUAGAGAGCAUACUCAAAGUAGUAGAAGAAGAUAACGAAAAGUUUCUAAAUAGAGUUCGAGCUAGAAUCGAUAGGGUCGGGAUCAAUAUUCCAAAGAUUCAAGUAGGCUACAAGAACUUGUCGAUCGAAGGAGACGUUCAUGUUGGGUCCAGAGCUCUUCCUACUUUGCUAAACGCCUCACUCAACACCAUGGAGGGACUUCUUCGAUUGUUUAAGCUUGUUCCAUCGAAGAAAAGAGUUGUUAAAAUCUUGCAUGAUGUGUGUGGGAUUGUGAGGCCAUCACGCAUGACGUUACUUCUUGGACCUCCUGCUUCUGGGAAGACCACAUUGCUGAGGGCACUCGCCGGAGUACUAAAUUCAGAUCUAAGAGUCACUGGAGAUGUUACUUACUGUGGUCAUCAGAUGUCGGAGUUUAUUCCUCAGAGGACUUGUGCAUAUAUUAGUCAACAUGAUGUUCAUUAUGGUGAGAUGACAGUUAGGGAGACGUUUGAUUUUGCUGGGCGGUGUCUAGGUGUAGGAACUAGAUACGACCUCCUGGAAGAACUUUCACGACGUGAGAAAGAUAAAGGGAUUAAACCAGACCCGGAAAUCGAUGCUUUCAUGAAAGCGACUGCAGUGUCUAGUCAAGAAUCUAGCUUGGCUACAGACUAUGUUUUAAAGAUUCUUGGAUUAGAUAUAUGUGCAGAUAUCAUGGUCGGUGAUGCGAUGAGAAGAGGAAUAUCUGGCGGAGAGAAAAAACGUGUCACUACUGGAGAAAUGUUGGUUGGGCCUGCAAAAAUGUUCUUCAUGGAUGGAAUCUCGACCGGUUUAGACAGUUCGACCACUUUUCAGAUCGUCAAAUACAUGACACAAUUGGUUCACAUCAUGGAUGUAACCAUGAUCAUUUCCCUUCUUCAACCUGCACCAGAAACAUUUGAACUAUUUGACGACAUUAUACUGCUCUCCGAAGGUCAAAUAGUCUACCAAGGCCCACGUGAAGACAUUCUCGCUUUCUUCAAGAGUGUAGGGUUCAAAUGCCCAGAAAGGAAAGGAGUUGCAGACUUUUUGCAAGAAGUUACUUCAAGAAAAGACCAACAACAGUACUGGUUCAAAACAAACGAACCAUACUGUUACAUCUCUGUAUCUGAAUUCAGUCAGCUUUUUAGCCAGUUUGAAACCGGUGAGUGUCUUUAUGACGAUCUUUCCCUUCCUUACGACAAAACCCAAAUGCAACCUGCUGCUUUGGUGACCAAAAAGUAUGGUAUUUCAAACAUGGAUCUCCUUAAAGCAAACUUAGCAAGAGAAUGGUUACUGAUGAAACGGAAUGCUUUCUUGUAUAUAUUCAAGACGACUCAGAUUACUAUCAUGUCGAUUAUUACUUUCACGGUGUUCUUUAGAACUGAAAUGAAGAGUGGUCGACUUGAAGAUGGUGGCAAGUUUUUUGGUGCUUUGUUCUUCAGUCUUUUGAAUGUGAUGUUUAAUGGGGCUGUUGAGCUGGCAUUGACGGUUAAGAGGCUGCCUGUGUUCUUUAAACAGAGGGAUUCACUGUUUUACCCUGCAUGGGCUUUUGCAAUACCCAUAUGGAUCAUGAGGAUUCCCAUAUCGUUCACGGAGUCACUAAUUUGGGUUGUUCUAACAUAUUACACUAUCGGUUUUGCUCCUUCGGCUAGUAGGUUUUUCAAGCAGCUUUUGGCUUAUAUUGUCCUACAUCAAAUGGCUUCGGCUCUUUACCGUUUAAUGGCUGCCAUUGGAAGAACGCAGGUCAUAGUAAAUGCUCUUGGUACCUUUAUGUUGCUAGUGGUUUUUGUACUUGGUGGAUUCAUCGUUGCAAAAGACGACAUUAAACCUUGGAUGAUAUGGGGUUAUUAUAUUUCCCCCAUGAUGUAUGGACAAAAUGCCAUUGCGAUCAAUGAGUUUUUAGAUGAUAGAUGGAGCACCCCAAAUCCUGAUACUCGAAUCAAUGAAACGACUGUAGGGAAGGUUCUUCUGAAGUCGAAGGGGAUGUUCACAACCGAGUAUAUGUAUUGGGUUUGUGUCAUUGCACUCUUUGGUUUUUCUCUUCUCUUCAACUUCCUCUUUGUGUUAGCUCUCACAUACUUGAAUCCUCUCAGAGAUUCAAAAACUGUUGUUCCGACAGAAGAUGAGCAAAAUAAAAAGCACCAAAAAACAGACACAGAAAUGGCAGCAAGAAUGAAAGGAAUGGUGCUCCCGUUUCAGCCAUUGUCACUUGCAUUUGAUCAUGUCAACUACUAUGUAGACAUGCCUGCUGAAAUGAAAAAAACACAAGGAAUAGAAGAGAAUCGCCUACAACUACUAAAAGAUGUCAGUGGGACAUUCCGGCCAGGCAUCCUGACAGCAUUAGUUGGCAUAAGUGGGGCCGGAAAAACAACCCUGAUGGAUGUGUUAGCUGGACGAAAGACCAGUGGGUAUGUUGGAGGAAGUAUCAGCAUCUCUGGUUACCCUAAAAACCAAGAAACAUUUACUCGUGUUAGUGGAUACUGUGAACAAAACGACAUCCAUUCUCCCCAUGUCACUGUUUAUGAGUCUCUCGUCUACUCUGCUUGGUUACGUCUUUCUCCAGACAUAACCACAGAAACACGUCAGAUGUUUGUGGAAGAAGUCAUGGAUUUGGUGGAACUGAACCCGUUAAGGAAUGCAAUAGUUGGGCUUCCAGGAGUAGAUGGUCUUUCAACUGAACAAAGAAAGAGGCUGACAAUAGCAGUAGAAUUGGUUGCAAAUCCAUCAAUCAUCUUCAUGGAUGAGCCCACAUCAGGCCUUGAUGCACGAGCUGCUGCCAUUGUCAUGCGUACUGUUAGAAACACGGUCGACACCGGUCGAACAGUCGUAUGCACAAUCCACCAACCGAGUAUCGAUAUUUUCGAGGCUUUUGACGAGCUAUUGUUGAUGAAAAGAGGUGGGCAGGUCACUUACACUGGACCUCUCGGGCACCAAUCUAACCGCCUAAUAGAAUAUUUUGAAUCUAUUCCAGGAGUUAACAAAAUCAAACAAGGUCAAAAUCCGGCCACAUGGAUGCUUGAAGUUACUUCUUCAGCAGUCGAAACUCAGCUUGGUGUUGAUUUUGCAGAGAUUUAUGCCAAUUCUGAUCUUUACAAGCGGAGCCAGGAGCUCAUUGAGGUAGUAAGUACACCAGUACCAGGGUCCAAGGACAUUUACUUCCCUACAAAGUACUCUCAAUCCUUUUGGACACAAUGCAUGGCUUGUUUUUGGAAACAACACUGGUCAUACUGGAGGCAUCCACAGUAUAAUGUUGUUCGGUUCUUCAUGACAACAAUAAUUGGCAUUCUAUUUGGAGUGAUUUUCUGGGACAAAGGCCAAAAGACUGAAAAACAACAAGAUGUAAUGAAUCUGAUGGGAGCUAUGUAUGCCGCUGUAUUGUUUCUUGGUGGAACCAACACUUCAACUGUGCAGUCUGUGGUGUCUAUAGAGCGGACAGUUUUCUAUCGUGAGAAGGCAGCAGGGAUGUAUUCACCAAUCCCUUAUGCAUUUGCUCAGGUGGCCAUUGAGGUGGUUUAUGUAGGCAUCCAAACGAUCAUAUACAGUCUUCUGAUUUACUCCAUGAUUGGAUUCCAGUGGUCCACAGACAAGUUCUUAUGGUUCUACUUCUACAUGUUCAUGUCCUUUGUCUAUUUCACAUUAUACGGAAUGAUGCUUGUGGCCCUCACACCCAAUUAUCAGAUUGCAGCCAUUUCUAUGUCCUUCUUCCUCAAUUUCUGGAACUUGUUCUCUGCAAAUACCGAUCUGGUGGAGGUGGUAUUACUGGGGUUCACCGGUAGCGUGGACUUUAUACGGCCUGAUCACAUCUCAGCUUGGUCAAAACGAAAGCCUUGUAGAGGUUCUAGACCAGAAAUCCGUCACAGUGAAGGAAUUCAUUAAAGAAUUUCUAGGGUUUGAGUACGAUUUUCUCGGAUACGUUGCUUUGGUUCAUGUUUGUUGGGCCGUCCUCUUUUGCGUCGUCUUUGCCUACGGCAUCAAGUUUCUGAAUUUCCAACGAAGAUAGCGAAAUCAUCGAAUACUCAGUCUAAAUGCGUUUAGAUGAUUAUAGAAAAUAUACGGUUACCUUUUCUUUUCGGGAAACCAUUGAUUGAUUUACGAACAGUCCAA